UGUGGAGCACAACAAUGGCACGUACAGUAGGGGAAAUAUGAAGCAGAAAUUUGAUCUGUUCUGUUGAUUUUUUACUGGCUUUGGAUUUCAGAUGCCGGUAAACAAGCCCUCGGGUCAACCAAACUUUCUUGGAAGAGUAGAAUCUCUUAAAUCUCUUGCUGUAGACAGAUCCAAAAAUGUUCAAGCUCAUUGAAACAACCUGAUUUUGAGCAACUAGAAAUAUCUUCAAGACAGACCUGCUUGGUGUUGUAAUGAAUCUGGGGAGUCAGUAUUUCUGGGUCUGUACACAAACCCCCGUGUCAGUCAGACUUACAAUGGAGGCUCUGUGGUAUUUUAAAGUUUACUUUUAAUUUUCACGACACCAUCUGACCAGUUUGAGUCAAAUGUUGUGAUCGUGUUGCAUAUAAACAGUUGAGCAGCUCCUCACACAAUAGUAUUGUUUUAACACAAAUAUAUUUAGAUAAAAGGCCAAACAAUCGCAGCCAGUUGUGGAUUAUUUCAGUAAGAUUGUGUGUCAGAAAAAGUUCAGGCAAACAUGGAUUCCAAUCAAUCAAUUUUGAGAUAUUUAUGGUGUCUCUUAUCAGCCAGUUUGAGUUUGAACACUUUUCUUAAGUUGAUUUUAAAUUGAUCUUAAUAUUUGUGUUAAAAUCCAUCAUGAAUGAUGAUGAAUUAACACCUGCGCUGUCUUUAUGUUUCUGUAUCCGAUGGAGCCCACAGUCAGUCAGACAUUUGGUGUUUUAUUAUCACUUAUACCACCACCAUCAGGUGGUUGCUGGUAGGUGGUCGUCAUAGCAACCUGCACUUUUUUGUUCUGGGAAUCCUUUAAAAAAAAAAAAAACAUUUUUUCAAGAAAAAAUACAUUGUAAACUUUGCACAUUUAUAUAGGAAAAUAAAUUUUACCUUUGCAGCACUGAGAAUACAAACACAUCAAAUCUAAUUAAUUACUGUAAAUUCAAUAUCUUAAUUAAUCUGUAUUCGACUUCUACUACAUAUGAAUUAAAUUACAUGUUUAACAGGGGAUUUAACUUAAAAGGCCACAGAGGAACUCCAAUACAAAACAAAUAUUCCACCAGCUUUACUGAUCUCCCAAAGAUGAAGAGAGGAGAGGAAGAGGGAGAGAAAAAGAAUGAUCAAUAUAAAAGAGGAAAGAGGAAUGGAGAUGAGAUUGUAGAGAAGAACAUGACAUAUUUUGACAUUUAUGCUGCAGAUAGGUCAGAUUCUUUGGCAUUAGCCUGUAAAACCUGUUUGUGUGUAUUGUGUGUAAUAUACCUUAUCAAACUUGUUUUAAAGUGGCUGUGUUUUCUGCAUUUAGAUUUAGAAAAUGAGAUCUCUAGAAAUUGUGUCUGAAGAUGAUCAAACAGAAUAUAAUAAUCUGGUUUGGGUCUUGGCCAAAGUUAACAAGCCACCAUUACUGCAAUAGCAUCUUACUUGUAAAUCCACACAAUAUCAUUGUAAUGUAUAUAAAAGAUCUGACUUUGAGUGCUCGUUUUACAAAAUCCUGUCGAAGCUUUUUAAUAUUGAAAUAGUGAAAGUGCAGGUUAUAAUCUAAAAAAAAUGAAAUGUUUAAAUGAAAUUUAGAUUUUUAAUUGAGAGACAUCUUUUCACCUGUAAACCACAAAAACCACACUGUCAACUUUUCUACUAUCAGCUGCUCCAAAAAUAAACUUGGAAAAAUGAGGAGAGGAGAGGAGAUGAGAGGUGAAGAAAGGAGAGGAGAGGAGGAAACAAGAGAGGAGGAAAAGACGAGAGGAGACGACAAGUGAAGAGAGGAGGAAACGAUGGGGAGGAAACGGGAGUAAGGAGAUGUGAGGAGAAAACAAUGGGGGAGAGAAGGAAACGAGGGAGAGUAAAGGAGAGGAGAAGGGAAGACAGUAAAUAGGAAAGGAGGAAACAAGAGGGGAUGGAGCAAGGGUGGAGGAAGGAGAUGAAAACAAUGAAGGAGAGAGGGCAGGAAACAAGGGACGAAGGAGAUGAGUGGGUUAAACAAGGUGGGAGAGAAGGAAACGAGGGAGACUAAACGAGGGAGGAAGAGAGGAAAGGAAAAAGAAAAGGAGCUGAGGAGAAAGGAUGAGAGCGGGAAAAGGAGGACGAGAAAACGAGGAGUUAAAUGAAGGAAGAGUGUGUUGAAAGAAGCGCGCGGUGGAAAAAGUGAAUAUUCGGCUCAGUUCAAAGGCAGCUCCGCGCGAGGAGGGAGGAGGGAUGGCUUCCAGAUUUACUGUGGAAAGUUGAAAGAGUGUCGGCGACCACGCGCGUGUCCGCGACCGUCUGUGAGCGUGCAUGCAUGUGUGUGUGUGUUUGUGUGUGUGUGCGCGUGUGUGUGUGUUUAUAUGCGCGUGAGUUACGUUCCUGCCUUUCUCUUUCCGUACAUUUUCCGCGCGCGCGCUUGUGUGUGUGUGUGUGUGUGUGAGUGAGAGAGAGAGAGAGAGAGAGAGAGAGAGAAAGAGAGAGAGAAGGGGAGGGGCACUCCUCUCUCUCUCUCUCUGCCUACUUUGCAUAUUCCGCGUGCCUCGGCUCGGCCAUAUGGGAAAAUGCAACUGAAGGAAUUGUCGGCGGGGGAAAAAAAACGCGCAGGCAGGAGCACGCGAACGGAGCGGCGAGAGUUUGAGAUCAUAACAAAUCCAGAAAAAGUUAAAACAGAAGAAAAAAGAGAAGAAAGGUGGAGAAGAAGAAAAGAGAAGGGGCGGGGGGAGCGUAAAAACCAAAAAAAGAGAGAGAGACACGCGGAGAGAAAAAGGGAGAAAUAGAGUUUUCCGUCUUUCUGCGGAGGACAGGAACGAUGUAUUGUGCGUACACCAUCCCUGGGAUGACAGGCAGCUCACUGAUGUACUACUACAACGGCAAAGCGGUGUACGCUCCGUCUGCCAGUACAGCCGACUACAACAGGGACUCACCGGGUUAUCCCUCCUCCAAACCUCCCAGUGCUGGCUUCCCAAGCUCAUUCUUUAUGCCAGAUGGUCACAGUGGUGAUCCCUGGAGCAGCAGUAGUAGCAGUAUGAGCCAGCAAGGUUACCACGGCAGCAUGCUCGGGGGUGGGAACUCAUCCCACGGCCCCGCCCAGAGCUCCUCCUACUGCGGGAUUCACCCUCACGACAGACUGAGCUACCCAUCGCACUCGUCUGCAGAUAUCAGCUCCAGCCUUCCUCCAAUGUCCAGCUUCCACCGAGGGGGAGGGAGCGGGAGCGGGGCCAAUCACUACAGCACCGCCUCUUGCACCGCCCCCACCAACGGCACAGACAGCAUCAUGGCUAACCGAGCACAGAGCGGAGCAGCCAGCAGCUCUCAGACAGGAGACGCCUUAGGGAAAGCGCUCGCAUCGAUUUACUCUCCAGACCACACGAACAACAGCUUCUCAUCCAAUCCCUCCACCCCAGUUGGCUCCCCACCCUCCCUCACAGCUGCCAGUUCAGCUGUUUGGUCGAGGAAUGGCGGACAGGGAGCGUCAUCGCCAAACUACGAGGCUCCGUUGCACUCUCUGCAAAGUCGUAUCGAGGACCGUCUGGAGCGUUUGGACGAUGCCAUCCAUGUACUGCGGAGCCACGCGGUGGGGCCGUCUACGGGUAUGACCAGCGGGCACGGUGACAUGCACAGCCUCAUCGGGGCUGCGCAUUCGCAUAACGGUGCCAUGGGUGCUCUGGGCAGCGGGUACGGGACAGGACUGCUGUCGGCCAACAGACACUCCCUCAUGGUGGGCUCUCACAGAGAAGACGGCGGCGGCGUGGGCGGUUUGCGCAGCGGACACUCGAUGGCGGGUCAGGUGCCGGUGCCUCAGCUGCCCGUUCAGUCAGCCACCUCGCCAGACCUCAGCCAGCCAGACCCCUACCGCGCUCUGUCCGGAGGCCUUCAGGGCCAGAGCACCUCCUCCGUCAGCUCAGAGAUCAAGUCUGAGGACGAGGGGGACGAGAACCUCCUGGACUCAAAGAACCUGGACCCCAAGAAGGAGGACGCCGACAGCAAGGAGCUCAAAUCUAUUGAGAGGUCAAGAUCUAGCAACAACGACGAUGAGGACCUGUCUCCGGAGCAGAAGAUGGAGAGAGAGAGGGAACGGAGGAUGGCCAACAACGCGCGGGAGCGCCUGCGCGUCCGCGACAUCAACGAGGCGUUCAAGGAGCUGGGCAGGAUGGUCCAGCUGCACCUGAAGAGCGACAAACCUCAGACCAAGUUACUGAUCCUGCACCAGGCCGUGGCCGUCAUCCUCAGUCUGGAGCAGCAAGUGCGAGAGCGAAACCUGAACCCCAAGGCGGCCUGUCUGAAGCGCCGUGAGGAGGAGAAGGUGACUGUGACGUCGGACGGGACUCCCCUCUCGCUGGCCGCCGCGCACCAUGCCGCCGCCGCCAUGGGCGAUGGGUCAAACCCCAUGGGACAAAUGUCUAAGGUGCCAGAGUUCAUCAAGAUGAUGAGUGACCACUUCCUCUGACGGCGUUUCCAUGACAACCCAGCAAUCUAUCAAACCUGUUGUUGCUUCAGCCUGACCAAUCAGAUCAGCCUCUUUCUCUCCUCUCAUCUGUCGUCUCUGAUCCUCUUCUUCGCCUUUGUCUCCUUCUCCCGUCGAGAACUCAAACUGCAGAGUCACAUUAGUCGCUUUCAUCACUUUGCAUCUCCAGCUGAAGUGAACUGGAUGCUACUUUGUGGAGACGUUAAAACGGCCGCUGUAACAUGGCUGCUACAAAGUGGCAGUUAAUGGGAGCUUUUCACACGAAGUGACAGCAAUGGACAAAAGUCUUUGGAAUCACAUCAUCCAAGAAAUUCUUCUUGUACUACUUGUUUUAUCAGCAUUCCCAGUUUUAAAGAACAAAAGGGUUCUAUAUAUAUAUAAAUAUAUAUAGUAUAUAUAUAUGAGAAAAGGAAAAAAUGAUGAAAACUUGUUUAAAAAAAGUGCAACUGGAUGCGGGCAGUGAGGAGGCUAGGGGGUUGGAGAGUGUUUUUCAGAAUGGAACAAAACAUAUCACAAAGUGUUUAAGAGAUUUUUUUUCUUUUUUAAAGCAACAUUGCGCAGCUGUUGUUGAAUGCAGCCUUGGCGCAUCUCUGACUGAAUGGCAAUCUAACGCCACACUGUGGAUGAAGCUGUGCCUGAUCUCCUCUUGGAUGCAAACCAGUCAGAUAGAUACACACGGAGAAACAAAGCAAACAAAACAGGACAAAGAAAAAGAACAGGAAAUUUCCAGGAAGUAUCACAGACGCAGGCUGCACAAUCACACAUCCCCUUACAAUCCACACAUCUUCAAGUAUAAAUUAAACUGAGGAAGAGAUUAGGACGCAAAAUCUGUUGUGACCCAACUGCUUUUCAGAGUUGAGUGAUCUGAACAAAAGUUAAGCUAACAAAUGCUUUUUGACUAUCAUAGAUGCCUAGAAAUAAGCAGGAAACAGGGGCAACACAUUCUUCCCCUUCUAAUGCAUUCCCUCCUAAACAUUUAGAUUGUAAGUGUAAAACAAAUAUGAAUAUUUCUGUUUAUGUAUUUUCAUUGGACUUUCAUGCUAAUAGCAACGUUGACUUUCUUCAGACUGCAAAAUGGUAAGAAUGGAUAGGUUUUUAGUGUGAACACAAAUACAGAAACUUCAACUGGCUCGUGUGUAUCUACUGGGAGGAAGAGAGUACUAAGAGGAUCAAUCAUUGAAUCAAUUAAUCAGUCAAUCAAUGAGUGACUCCAGGGGGUUUGGGGUGUUCAAAUUAUUGAAGGCAGAGGAAUUACCGGCAAAAGUCAUGCAGUAAUGCAAAAGUGUACUUCUAAAUGCGGCAGAAAGGCAAGGCUUUUCUUGACAUCUUCAUCUGAGAUUGUUGUUGAAGGUUUGUAGGGCAGAUGCAAAAAUAAAGACAAAAAGACAGCUCUAGCAAACAUCACAAAUCAAGGUUCUUUGUCGGAUAUUCCACAGCAUUUGCAUAGCAGCUAGAGUUUGAGACUAGUGUUCAAACCUUUCCUGAAAUUGAAGGAUUACAAAUCAAGGAAAAGACUGAUAGAUGGAUGGGCGAAUGAGAGGGAAGAGGGCUGGACUGAGCACUGACGUGAAUUCUAUUCCAUGUUUAGCACAUUCCCUGAAUCACAAUCGCUCUACUUGAAUCCAGUGCUCCCGGGGUCCUGAAGGCCUGAACUACAGGAUGUGGGGGAGUCAUGGAGGGGGAAAGCAGGAUUGAGGCAGGCCAUCAUCCUGAGGAGUUAGAGCUCGAGGGAGAGAAAGACAAACUGAGAAGCCAGAGGUGUUGACACUGCAGGGGAAGCAAGGGAACAAUCAUUGGGGUGAGGGGUGUAUGAUUUUCUACUGGGGGCCAAGCAGCAGUAGUCAAAGCAUUCCUGUAUUGGAUUCACUAGAUUCCCUCAUUUCCUGGUUUAGUGCCUGUCCAAUCAUAACCCUAAACCUCUAACCCUAACUUCAGUCUUCUCCCCAGCCCCAAGUACCAACCUUGGGGGGGGACUUUCUGAUUGACACUUUGUGUUUGGCAAAAUAACGGACGAGUCCAUAUCAUUGAUGAGGUGUCUGUUGCUGCAAGCAUUUGCAAAGUCUCAUUGAACUUCUUCAAGUUCCAUUGCAGUCCUUGAUAUGUUUCACUUGAUGGUGUUGCAGUGAUGAUUGAAUAGGAACUGGAAUAGUCUUUAUUUUUCUGGUGCAAACAACAAUUGGUGUUCCUGUAUGUCAGCAGACUCUGGCUCAUAUAUGACAGCCAGAUUAGGCAAAGUUUUAAAGUUUCAGAUUUUGGAUAAUUUGGCCAAUAUCAGCUACAACUAGCAGCCCUCAGAACAAAGUAGGCCGCUGUUGGGCCCAGUCAUUUUGCUCAUCUUGGUUUGGUCAAGACGCAGGAAAAUUCAGAACGUUCAUAACAAAUAUGCCGUUUUAAAUCAACUGAAACCAGAUCAAUGGUCUACGUCUGAGAGAGGUCCAAUCCAGAAUCCUAACCAGCAAUAUCCUGUCAGAAUUAAGUGUGAAGACGUAACCAAGUUUUUUGGGGAGUUCUAUGAUCGUCAUGAUUUCUGAGUGAUAAAGGUUUGGGAAAGUCAGGAUCAGGACAAGGUGGGAGACAAAAGUCAUGACUGCAAGCAGGUGGAACCAGAGAGGUCAGGAGGAAAACUUUAAGGCAACAACAUCCUUUGUUUUCUGGUGUCAGUCUGAAAGUCCUCUUUCACCCUCACCCCAAGUUAAACCCUUUUCAGUCCAGGCCUAUGUUUAAUCCCAAGUCCCAGUACUGUCUUCUCUGCUGACCCUAGCCUUAUUAGCCCUGAACGAGAGUCCUAGCCCCUCUCCCAAGCCUCUUGCCCCACCUAAGCGGUCCCACAGAUGCAAUUUGAACAUUCACACUUCUACCAAUGUGCCUUUUUAGAGUUCAUAUCAUUCGAGUUACCAGAGGAGGACAUUUACCUGGUCUUUUAAUAGGAUGCAAGCUUAGGGAAACCUGUUCUUAGUCGUUAGGUUCUAUGCAGUCAGGUUUUUUACCAGACCUGGGAAUUUAAAAAAAGCUAAAAAGGAAAAAAAAGUAUUUUUUGGAUAAAAAACAAAACUGUAUUUAAUGUACUGUACGCUUAUAUGUAAGUAGACAGCGUGUUCUGGCUUUAAGCCAAUGGGACAGACGCUUGAUUUAGCAAGACGAGCCCCCGUCCCAGUCCUCCCCGUCCUCCCAAGUCCUCCAUAACCCCCAAACCUCACUUUCCUGUUCCAAGCCCCAUCCCUGUUUCCAUGGUGAACAACGCGUCUCUUCUUGUAUUAUAGCUUAUCAGCUUUUUAUCAAUAUUUGAUCGGCUUGACCGUAAGCCAAUGUAGUCUUCAGUACAAAGUGUGUGGUUGUAUGUUGUAAAACAGAUUUUCUUUCUUUUCUCUCUCUCUCUCUCUCUCUCUCUCUCUCUCUCUCUCUCUCGCUCCGUUUUUUAAGAAGAAUCUUUUCUCUUAUUACUUUUUCUUUGUCUGUUCUGGUUUACAUGUCUAUUACAGAAAAUGUAAAAAAACAAAACAAAAACAAAAACAAAAAAAACAAUACAAUUCUCUGUCCGACAGCAUUGUUCUCUGUCGGUGGUCAUUUUGACGCGGUUAAAAUCCUACCCAAUCAAAAGGAAGGCACGGAAACUGGAAAAGAAUCUAUUUGAAUAAAUCAAUCUAUAUAUAAAUGUACAAAAAAUAUAUACGAUAUAUAAGGAGGGUGCCGUUUUCUGUUAUUUUUUUAUUUUCUGUUGCAAAGUGUUUGCUUGGGGAGGAAUUAUUUUCUCAAAGACUGAACUGGCAGAAGUUGGCGAGGCCCCUCAGUGUUUUAAAUUUUCAACUGACUUUGUUGUGUUCUCUGUUGUUGCCAUGACAACACCCUCUGACUAGUACGGCACCCUGCGCAGGACAAAAUGGGACUGGAGUACCAUCAGCUCCAUUCACUGCUAUAUAUCCAAGGCAACAACACACAGACGUUUGUAAAUUGUAUGCAACAAAAUGGCAAACUUUACCAUUAUUUUGAAAUUGUGUAUGUAAAAGUUAUAUUUUUACAUGUAGACUGUUGUUAUUUUGUGUUUUAGAAAUAUGUUGUAUCGGUUUUUUUGUUAAAAGAUGAAAAAAGUAAAAUUCAGUGUGUGUUGAAAAAAAAUGUGUCACAUUGAAAAUGUAGUGAGGUCAAAAGUUCCAAAAUCUUUUUUUUUUCUUUAUUAUUUUUCUUUUUUUUUUUACAUUUGUUUAUAUCUGUGGGGAACAUUUUGAGGGUUGAAGGGAGGAAUCAUAAAUCAUAAAAGAUAUAUGAUAUUUGUUUAAUUCUCAUGCCUCAUGACAUUACCAUUUUUAAUUGUAUUUUUUGCAGAGAAAUGUGUAAAUAGUCAUAAAACAUUUUCUGUGGGGUUUCUGUGGGGUGAGGGCUUGCCAGUGAGAGCGAUGAUCAUGAUGAUGAACUUGUUUUGAGGUUUAGUGAGGUUGUAUUCGUCCGGUUACAGUAGCCAGGUGCCAACUUUAAGUUUCGGUCAGUGGUGCUCAGUACUGUAUGUUGUUUUGGUUGCCAACCAUCUGAGGUGUAAGUCAAAUUAUGGUCUUUGCUUGCACCGAGAAUCACUCCUGUCAGAGCCGGCACAAGCCAUUUUUGGGGAAGUGUAAAGGAUUUCUUAUGAGUUAAUACAAUCAUUUAGAGAAAACGAAAACAACUUUUAAACCUAAAAGAAGUAUUCUGUAAAAUGUUUUUCUUACUUAACAUUCAAACUAUAUAUUAUUAAAAAACACAUGAUACCAGAACUCUAAAAUACACAAACUAAUGUUUAAUUGCUUAAAUUAAGACAACAACUGAAUGAGGUACCCAAAGAUCACUCACAUGUUCACUUCAAUUUGUCACCCCCCCCCCCCCCAGUGGCUUGAGCUGGCUCUGACUCCUGUGCAUUUAUUUCCUUCAAAAUGGCUUGUAAAUGUUGAUUAAAUGAAAGACCCUCAGCAACUGAUUCAAGAUUAAUAUAUGAAAAUUUUGUAAAGGAUUAGAGCGUUGCUAAUAUAAAAAAGCAGGUCGUCAGCAAACAAUCUUAUCAGCUAUUUCCCCAAAAAGAUAUCAGAUCAUGUGCAAGGCAGUUUCAGUCGUUUCUUUUCAGUGUUUGCCAUUAAAAUUGAGCUUUUUAUCAAAAGGAAAAGCUGCUUUGAAUUGGACCUAGGUUAAACACUUGGAUUGAAUCUGUCAGUGUAAGUGCUAAAUGUAUUUUUUAAGUAAUGUUAUUUUUACGAUGCUUCAUUUCAUAUUUUCUCUUUGUUGUAUAAUCAAGUCAUCUCCCGAAUUACAGUAUCUUCAUUUUUAUGUUACCCCUGAUGUUUCUAUUAGCCAAAAUGUUAACUUUUUUUUCCUUUUCCCUCCUUGUUGUACAUACACACCUCAUUUCUCUUUUUCAGUGACUGUGCCAUGAGCUUUGUAAUCUGUUACUCUGUACCAGUUUUACUGCAAUAAUGAGUUGAAUUCAAAACGGCCACUCCUGUCCUUUGUUUUCCGAGGAAGCAUUUUUCACUUUUCUCAUCAUAGUUAACCCCGUUUAAAUGAACAAAUACAUUUGAGUACACACCAGAGAUGAGCACUACCAGACAUCAGUAGCACAACAAAUGUGAAAUUUAGUACAUUUAUAUAAAGUUAAAUUUUUAUUUUUUCACACAAAACAAUUUGAAAAAGAACAUUUUAUAAAAAUUAUCAGUAUAAAACUACUCUAACUUCUGAGAAAGAAAAUGACAAAAUGAACAAUCAAAGGGGCCUGUUUUCAUGUCUUUAACCUCUAUACAUCAAAAGGUUUAAUUCAUACAUAUAUCAACUGCCAGAAGAAGAAAUCAUUUUAAACUCUUGCUACUAUUUUUAAAGUUUUCUUCAUGAGUAUUUAUACUAUGACAUUAAUAUUUUCCAGUUUCAUAUUCAUACAUGUAUACAGUAUCGGUCUUAAGUUUUUGAAAACGCUAAAGUAAUUUACUGUAGUUUGUAGGCCUAUGCUCACUGAACCACACUAGUAUUUAAGUUUGUGUUAAUGACAAAGGCAUACAAACUGAGCUAAGUUCAGUUAAUAAAGUUUUAAGUUUACAGGUGAUUUGAAAUUGGGAAAGGGCAUGUGACCUGAAACAAACAAAGGAGGCAUUUUAUCAUUUUUGAGACCGUAUCUUUGAGGGUCCAAAAUAACUCUGUUCAUAAAACAGUAUUUUAAGGUCAAAUGUAUUAAAUAAUGUGCUCUCAGUGUUGGUCAACACUAGCAGUAAUUUUAAUUUUACAUUUCAGUCAUUUCUGGAUAAUUGGUUUAUUGGUUAUUCCUAACAUACAUUCUCACCAGUCAGAUCAGAAGAUAUGUAUCAGUUUUAUCUCUGUGCACCCUGCUCAAAGACAGGUCCAGCAUGUGUUUAGCCUAGCUUAGCACAAAUGGAAACUACUAGUCUUACUCUUACACUACUAUAACCGUUCAACGCCAACUAUUGCUAAAGCCACUGUGUCUCCACAUUUUUUUUCUACACAUGUUCAAUAAACAUGAUACAACAUGUCCAUCUGACAGUUUCCCAGUUGAUGCUGAUGUUUCAGGAACACAACACUUCCAUUGUAUUUGAGUGGUGGCAGAUACAUCCAAAACAAAUAAAACACAAACAUUUGCAUGGCUAAAUACCACUAACUCUAUGUCGCGAUUUGGGUGAGCUAAUUGUUUAAAAAGGAGUAUGAAUGAUUACUGUACAAGAUUUGAAUUUAUUACAUGUAACUUGGUCCAGACGAGUUUUAGUCUGGGUUCUCAAGAACAAUAAGACUUAAUUUUGCCUUGAUUUAAUCAAUUUUCUGUUCCAGUCUAAUCCUUUGGACUCAAAACUUCUGAACUAGUUCCCUCAAAUUAAUAAUUUGUGUCAUGGAAUUACCAAAUAAUGUACUAUUUCCUCAAAGUAAUGGCAUUCAGCUAUCACCUUCAAAUGGAUGGUCUGUGUCCUCCCAGCAUCCUCAGUGUGGACCCCUUGGUUUAAACAGUUUCUGUUUGGUGUUUGACUGAAAUAUGAAAAUACUUUGGGUUUUUGAUGUCAGACAGAACAUCCUUGACAACACUUGAUGUAUUACUGCCCUCCACCAAUCAGAACCAGACUGACAGUGGAAGAGGUUGCUCAGAGUAGUAAAGAUUCACGCAACAAGUCAUCCAACCUGAACAACCGUACAGGUUGUUGUUUCCUACCCUAUGUUACAACCCAUAGGAGCAUCUUCUAAAAUUGUGCCUCUAUGGCGGCAGGCAUACAGGACUGUGGUCGUCAUGGUAACUAUAACAAAUGUAGAGUUAGGGUUGUGGGAAAGACGUGGUUAAAAGUAUAAAAUGAUGACUCUGUGAGAUCGGUUUCAAACUGGUUUCAAAUUGGUUUCAAGCGGUCUAGUCUGUGAAAGUCCUAUGUUCUACCUAUCCAUCCAUCCCGACCUCCUCACGUCCACCUUUGUUCCAGUCAUAAUAACUAUGGCAGCUUGAGUUGUAAUAAGUUGCUUGCACAGAUGACCUAUGGGCUUGUUUCUUUACCAGACCGUCUUUUUCACAAUGAUCAAAGAAAUGUGUCGAUUUAAAGGUUGGAAGGUUGGAACUUCUGUAAGUCAAGUUAAUAUAACAACCUACAAUACCUAGCUGUGUCCACCUCAUCUUUGCCUGUCACUACAGGUUGACAUGUCUACAUUCUUACAUAAUCCAAUUAAGCUCUGAUUGGUCAAUUAUAUCUCCAACUGGCUAAAACAGUCAUCAGCCAUCAAUGAAAACAGCAGAUCAUUAAACAGGCCAGAGAUGAUGUUGUGAACUAGGAUA